CUGACUUCACUCUUAGGUGGUGCAGCUGCUGCAUGAAGACACUAGUCUAAAACCAAACCUAAAAUAACAGAUUUUUUAAAAAAAACAUUUCAAUGUUACAGGUCUGAGAAGUUUUUUUUUUUUGUUAAAUAUAUUUUUGAAAAGGCAGCCAUGAUCAGCCGCAACUUCAAGAAUGUGUUGGUGGUCUCUGUUGGGUUUCUGUCUCUGUUCACGGCUUUUGGAGGUCUGCAGAGUUUACAGAGCAGUCUGAAUGCAGAGGAGGGGAUGGGCGUGGCCUCUCUGAGCGUUAUCUACGCCGCCAUAAUCAUCUCCUCUAUGUUCCUGCCUCCCAUCAUGAUCAAAAACCUGGGCUGUAAAUGGACCAUUGUGGCAGGCAUGGCCUGCUACGUGUCCUACUCAGUCGGAAACCUCUACCCAGGAUGGUACACUCUCAUCCCCACCUCAGUGAUCCUGGGGUUGGGUGGCUCUCCGCUGUGGUCGGCCAAAUGCACCUACCUGACCAUCUCUGGGAACGUGCAGGCCAGCAAAGAGGGCAAAAAGGGCUCCGACGUGGUCAACCACUACUUUGGCAUCUUCUUCUUCAUCUUUCAGUCGUCUGCGGUGUGGGGAAACCUCAUGUCCUCGCUCAUCUUUGGACAGGAUGCCAGUAUAGCUGACAUCCCAGAUGAGCAGCUGGAAACCUGUGGAGCAGCUGACUGCGGACUUAAUGUCACUACCUACGGAAACACCACCAGGCCGGCGCGGAAACUGGUCUGGACGCUCGUGGGAAGCUACAUCGGUGUGGGUGUCCUGGCCAUGCUCAUUAUCGCAGUGUUUCUGGACAACAUCGACCGCGAGCAGGCCAGCGAGUUUCGUGACAGCCGCGUGCCGUUCUGCCACACGUUCCUGGCCACGUUCAGGCUCCUGAAGGACUGGAGGCUGCUGACGCUCAUCCCGCUCACGAUGUACAGCGGCUUUGAACAGAGCUUCCUGUCAGGGGAGUACACCAAGAAUUAUGUGACUUGUGCUUUGGGGAUCCAUUAUGUUGGCUUUGUAAUGAUGUGUUUUGGAGCUUCAAAUUCCCUUUGUUCCUAUCUCUUUGGGAGGAUCGCUCAAUACACUGGAAGAGCACCGCUCUUUGGCCUGGCUGCACUGGCCAACUUAAGCUGUGCCAUCGCUCUCUUGUACUGGAGGCCUCAUCCCGACCAGCUGCCUGUGUUUUUUGUAUUUCCUGCUCUGUGGGGUAUGGCAGACGCUAUCUGGCAAACUCAGACCAAUGCUCUUUACGGCAUCCUCUUCUCGCGGGAAAAAGAGGCGGCAUUCGCCAACUACCGGAUGUGGGAGUCGCUGGGUUUCGUCAUCGCCUUCGCCUAUAGCACGUUCUUGUGCCUGGAGUACAAACUGUACAUCCUGAUGGCCGUGCUGGUGCUCACGGUCAUCACUUACCCCAUAGUGGAGUACCAUGAAUACAAGAAUCCCACAAAGGCCAUUGAAGAAGCACCCUAUCAAAAUCACAAAGAAACCAUCAAAACAAAAGAGGACAUCAUCUGCCAGACGCACUUGUAGAGACACAAAGUUCCACAUGCUGCUUAUCAGGAAUCUAUCAGUGAUGACUAAAGUUAAAAAUUGAGUAAAUGCCACUUUGAAUAAAUACAUUAUCAGCUAUUAACCCUUUAUACGGCAGGUGACUAUUUUUAGUAAUUUCCACACACUUUAUAUAUGACGCCCAUCCCGUGCCUCAGUGAGGUUUAGAAGCAUGUGCUCUUGAUGUGGUCAUGAAGAAAAGGCCUCAUGUUGUUUAAAGUUUUAAUGUGUAUGUUGUAAUAUUCUAAAACACAUUUUCCUUUGACCAUAUACGUGUUUUCUUGUACACUUAUUGACUUUUGAUUUUAUACAUGAAAAUGAAACAUUUUGAAAGUCUUAUGCCCACCAAUAACACUCUUAAAGUUGAAAUUUUGAGUAUUUCAAUGAGCGCACUUAUAAAGGGUUAAAGGGCCAAUACUUGAUGAGCCCACCUUUGUUGAGGCUUUACCAGAUACUGACUUUGCUCUUUGCUGCCUUGUGGUACCGCAGAACAAACUGUAGCAUCAUUUAAAAAAAAAAAAACAGCUGAUAACUAAGGCCAGCUUUGUAGCUUCUGUGCGAAACAUUUUGUUUGGUGCUGCUGUCAUGAUUCAUGCGUUGGGAAAUCUUCAGUAUCAGUGCUGGCUAAAUGAGCUAUUUGUACAUGCAAUCUUAUCCACUGAAUUUACUGCCUUUUCUAAUGUCAUUAAGGGCUGCUGUAAGGUGAAUUUGACCAGUUGUCACACACACAGCAGUACUGUUUCCUGUUUUGUAAGUUAUUCUACUGUAUACACAGAAUCAAAGUGAAAUCAUACCUG